CCCGGGGAUGUGGGAGCGGCGCGGGCAGGCCCCGCCAGGCCGCGGGCGCUACCGCGGGAGCCGCCCCGGCGCCACCGAGCGCGGGCCCCCGCCGCGUGCUGACCUGGGUUUUGCCCCGCUUAUCGGCUGGGCCCGGCCCCGGUUACCGGGUGAGGGCGGAGCGCCCCGGUUCGGCCGCCGGUGCCGCUCGCUGGCUCGGUGCCGGUUGUUGGCUCGGUCCCGGUGUAGCGCGGUGCGGGCGGGAUCUCCCGCGGCGGAAUGAAUGGGGUGUUCGGGGGGGUGUUGUUGCGCGUUUCUCGGCGGGUCGGUGACCACCGGCAGCCGCCGAAACGGCGGAGAUCUCCCGGUAAGUAAGGCGUGGAACGAUCCAGAGCGUGCAGGCGGCAGGACGCGUUUGUAAAUUUGGCGUUUUCGCCCUAAAAUCCAUCCCCGCGUUUUGCGCUGGCCCUGAAAGCGUCCAAGGCCAGGCUGGACGGGGCUUGGAACAGCCCGGUCCGGUGGAACGGGAUGGGCUUUAAGGUUUUUUCUUCCCAGCCCAAACCGUUCCAGAAUUCCGUGAAAAACCGAGGAAUAACGAAAAGGCCCCUCAGGAGGGGGCGGAGGAGCACGGAAAGCCCCGGGGCAGGCGUGGUGCUGCAGGUGAGCCGCUGCAUCUCCUCCCCGAGAGUCUCCACGUGCAUCCCGCGCUCCCCGAUUCAUCUCUUUCCUUGGAAUUCUCCAAAGGAUUCAUUUUGGGGGCCACCCAAAGCCAGCCCUGGUGGAUGUGAGCGUUCCCUCAAGAAGAUUCUGUGUUUUAUGUGUCCAGGGUGACACUGGAGAGGGAAAAACUGGCUGGGAAAGAAGAGCUGCAAGCAGCAUUCCCACAUCUCCAGCGGCAGAACAAGGGCUUCCAACCACCCGAGAGCGGGGUUAGCUGGGAUUUUGGGAGGAAAAAUCCCUCCCUCUGAGGGUGCUGAGGCACUGGAAUGGAUUUUUCAGAGGAUGCCCCAUCCCUGGAGGUGUCCUGGGAGAGUUGGGGGGGUUGAAUGAGCUUUAGGGUCCCUUCCAACCCAAACCAUUCCACGAUUCUGUGACCUCCACGUGCCUGGCUGGCAGGACUGGAGGCAGCAGCACCUCCUGAGGUUUUGUUUUGUCAGGAAUUCAGGAUGAGGACAGCGUUAACCGCUGGGUUUCUGGUCCCUUGUCCCCAGCCAGGCUUUUGCUUUUCUUCUGAAACCCUGAACAGUUGAGGUGCUGCAUCUUAACGUGAGUGAAAGUGAGAGAGCUGUGAUCAAGUUGGGAGUUUUUUCGUGUGAUUUCUGUAGAUUUCAUCAUCCUGGAACUGCAGCGCUGCUGCAUCUGCAUAGAAUGGUCUAAAAUCUAAAAUGAGGGUUUUUUAACGAAAAAAAAAAGGUGUAAAAAUUAAAGGAAAAGUCAUUUUAUAAAACAGGUUUUAUUGCUGCCUGGGAGGGGAAAAAUCUUGUUGAGGGCCUGAUUUCUGCAGGAACUGUCAGGAUACUUGCAGGAGAUAAAAAUGGGAUUCCACAGACACAGGAUAGAGACAGAGAACACAAGAACAGGUUUGGGAACUUCCUCAGUGCCACAGAUGGAGAGAUUUGAGGUUCCACUGGUGCCAGAGACCAGGAUAUAUCCGGGGGUGUCCAACAGAGCCCCCCUGGGUCAGGCAGGGCUCUGUGGUGAAGCUGAGCCUCCACAUUGCCCAUCAGUGCCGCUGGGAAGCUUCUAGAACCUGUUCCACACUGCUGGAAUAACGAUUGCCGUGGGAAUGUGGGGACUGGGAGAGCCAGAGGAGCUGCAGGGGUGGCUCUGGCUGCUCAGGAAGUCCCCAAAGCACAAGUGGAUGGGGACAGAAUGGACUGCUGGGAGCUCUAAAUUCCCUUUUAAACGUUUAAAUUCUUCUCUUUUCCAAAAAAACCCUCAGCAGGAGGCUGAUCUCCCUCGGGGUUUGGGCGAGCAGGAUGGAGCUCUAACAGGUGAUGGGUCAGUGCCUGUGAAAGGAGAUUUUUCCAGGUGUGUGGGAGCACGUGCACAGCUCCCCAGGGGCUGCUGCUGCUGCCUGUGGUUGUCUCCUGGGAAUCUCCGUGUGGGCAGGAGGCAAAAAGGAGCUGUGGCUUCCUCCUCAUCCCUGCUCUCCAGCAGGUCCUGCCUUACUGGUUGGAACUGGCAGCCUGCCUCUGCAAAGUGGUACGACCGGAGGGACUACGUCUUCAUUGAGUUCUGUGUUGAAGACAGCAAAGACGUAAAUGUAAAUUUUGAAAAGUCCAAACUCACGUUCAGUUGUCUUGGAGGAAGUGAUAACUUUAAACAUUUAAAUGAAAUCGAUCUUUUUAAUAAUAUCGAUCCAAAUGAAUCAAAGCAUAAAAGAACAGACAGAUCCAUCUUGUGUUGUUUACGAAAAGGAGAGUCUGGUCAGGCAUGGCCAAGGUUAACAAAAGAGAGGGCAAAGCUCAACUGGCUCAGCGUGGACUUCAACAACUGGAAAGACUGGGAAGAUGAUUCAGAUGAAGACAUGUCCAAUUUUGAUCGCUUUUCUGAGAUGAUGAACAACAUGGGAGGAGACGACGACGUAGACUUGCCAGAAGUAGAUGGGGCAGAUGAUGACUCACCAGACAGUGAUGAUGAAAAAAUGCCGGAUCUGGAGUAAGGCAAACUGUCGUCUUCAGGGUUUUGGGGGAAAGAAGUUCAUCACAACAUUUCAUAAUUGAGAUAAGAAUUCCUGAGUUGAUAGCCCUAAAGGGAGAUCCUGCAUCCUUUAACCCAUUUUCAGUCCAUUUUAAAUGGCUUCACUGAUGGUAGGUGUGUCCCAUGGCACGGGGCGGUCUUAAAGCCACGAGAGGCAAUAACAGUUAUGCAUGAACCGUUUUCCAGACUUCCAAAAAAAACAAAAACCACCAAACCAACCCAAUUGAGGUGUAGGCAAUCCAUUGAGAACAUUUGCAAUAAAGUUUACAGAGCCUCCUUGCCUCGUAGCAGAAGUAAUUACAACGGGAAGAACCCUGAAUUAACACCGAGAAAUUAUUUUUUUUCCCCUCCCCUCUCUCUCUUCUCCACAACCUGAAAUUAAUUUGUACCAGGAACAAAAAACUCUUAUUGGCUCCCCAAAAAAAAAAAAAAUCCAGCAGGCGAGGCGCAUCCCUCCGUGAUGUCUUCAGCUCUGUUCCCACUUAAAAAAAAACCUUCAAAAACUUCAAAAUUCUCCCCGUUUUUGGCGUUCGGUGCCGGUGGCCUGCCCCUGGUCCCGUGUGACCCCAAACCUUUCCACCUCCUCGCCCGGGCUGCGAGUGGCUGUACAUUGUUGCUUGUCAAUCUGUACAUUUUAGACCAAAAUCGUAUUUGCACUGUGGGUUUGGCAGCAAGUGACAGACCGUGGGGCGCGCGGGCGCCUGCGAACCGGGCUGAAAAACCUCAAUUUAUGUUCAGAGCAGCUGGGAUUUUUUUAAUGUCUGCAUUCUUUCUAAUAAACUGUUGAAGACUC